AUGCCCGACUUCCACUCCCUCCCGCCAAACACCCGCCCCGAGGGCGCGGUGCGCAAUAACGGCCCCGACGACCUGGCCCUCGAGCGCUACAAGAUCCGCGAGCUCGCCGAAGGCUGGCCGUGUUACCGCGACGCCUGCGAAUGGGAAAACUUCAAAUCAAUCUUCCACUACCCCGACGCCUACGUCUACACCACCUGGACGGGCCGCACGCCCAUCGCCGACUUCAUCGCCGCCUCGCAAGCCGGCAUGGACCGCGGCGCCUUCAUCAUGCACCGCAUCCACGGCACCACCACAGACCUGCAGGGCCACCGCGCCGUGACAAAGAUGAAAGCCACCAUCACGCAGCGCUUCGUGCUCGACGGGUGCGAGGUCGACGCAGAGUCCGACUGCCGCUUCUUCUUCCUCUUCGAGAAGCGCCAGGGCAGGUGGGGCGCGUGUUUUGUCAGGCAUUGGUAUGAGAAGGAUAAGCUCAUCCCCGUGGACCCGAGACGGGUGCCGAGGUUGGAUGAUGAGCGGCUGGAGAGGUUUCCGAAGGGGUAUAGGUAUUUGGCGUAUUGUCAGGAGGAGACGAUGGGGGUCAAGGUCAUGCUGGAUAUGCCGGGACACAGGAAUGAGGGUGAUAGCCUCACUGGGAAGAAGCAUGAUUUGCUGUAUGUGCAGGCGAAGCAGUGGCUGGAGGGGGAGAAGAUGGAUAUCUAG